AUGCACGCUCUACAGAAGUGUCUUCUAUUCACAGCUGUGACAUGCCUCAUACAAAAUGCACUGGGAAGUGAAAUCAUAAAUGGCAAAAAGGCUGAGGAAAAGUCCAUGCAGUAUAUGGCAUCAGUACAAAACAACAAAGAACACAAGUGUGGAGGAUUCCUUGUCAGUAAAAACUUUGUAAUGACUGCUGCGCACUGUCCUGUUGAGAAUCCUAAAUCCUUAAGUGUUGUUUUGGGCGCCCAUGAUCUCAGGAAGGCAAAUAAGAAAAUGAGAUAUGGAGUAAAAAUGAUCUGCAAACACCCUGCCUUCAAGGAAGUUGCAAAUGGGAAUGACAUCAUGCUUCUCAAACUGUCUAAGAAAGUUUCCCUGGGUAACAAAAAACCAAUUAAGCUAAUUCAACUUCCAAUUCAAAAACUAAACCUGAAGGAAAACGAGAUCUGCAGUGUAGCUGGAUGGGGGCCCACAGAACCUGGUAAACACCAAUCUGGUUCUGUUAAUGAGCUGCAAGUGCUAAAUGUUCCCAUCAUUAACAAGGACAAGUGUCAGAAGCUGUGGGGAAGAACUUUAAAAAAUGUUAUUUGCGCCGGUGGAUACAAAGCAAACAGUGGAAUCUGUCAGGGUGAUUCUGGUGGGCCUCUCGUAUGUAACAAGUUGGCUGUUGGCAUUGUUUCCUUUAACAGCAACAAUGGCUGUAAAUAUCCAGAUGUCCCCAACGUCUAUACAGACAUAUCACAAUUUCUUCCUUGGAUCACAGAUAUUCUCAAGAAAAAAAAAUGCAAAGGAUAAAAAAUAUUUUCAAUGUUAUUGUGGGUGUAUUGUAAGACUGUUGGGCAAGUGAUAUGUGAGCUAU